AUGGGUUCAGUUACACAGGAACUUCCCUUGAGGGGAAAGCCUAGCGCUUCCGUUUUUGGCGCUGCCAUGAAGGACGAGUUCCUCUUUGACCCGGAGUGGAGGAACCUCAACCAUGGAUCCUUUGGUACCUAUCCCAAGGCCAUCAAGGCCAAGUUCCGCGACGAAGCCCGUCCUGACGUCUUUAUCCGAUACGAAUACCCAAAACUCCUCGAUGAGUCCCGCGUCGCCGUAGCAAAGAUCCUCAACGCCCCCGAGGACGGCGUCGUCUUUGUAUCCAACGCCACCGUCGGCGUAAACACCGUCUUCCGCAACAUGGCCUGGAACAAGGACGGCAAGGACGUCAUCAUCAGCUUCUCCACCAUUUACGAAGCUUGUGGAAAGGUGGCUGAUUACCUUGCUGAUUACUACGAGGGCAAUGUCACGCAUCGCGAGAUUGAGAUUACUUAUCCUAUUGAUGAUGAUGUGAUUCUCAAGAGGUUUGAGGAUACCGUCAAGAAGAUUGAAGAGGAGGGAAAACGUGCUCGCAUCUGCACGUUUGAUGUUGUUUCUUCUCGUCCUGGUGUUGUUUUUCCCUGGGAGGAGAUGAUCAAGACAUGCCGUCGUCUCAAUGUUCUCAGCAUGGUUGACGGCGCUCAGGGUAUCGGAAUGGUCAAGUUGGAUCUCUCAGCCGCGGAUCCCGACUUUUUCGUUUCCAACUGUCACAAGUGGCUUCACGUCCCUCGAGGAUGCGCCGUCUUCUACGUACCCCAACGCAACCAGGCUCUUCUGCCUACGACACUGGCAACCAGCCAUGGUUACGUGCCCAAGCUGGCCAACAGGAUUUCACCGCUGCCUCCAAGCUCCAAGCCUCGCUUUGUCACCAACUUUGAGUUUGUCGGCACUCUCGACAAUUCACCUUAUCUCUGCGUCAAGGAUGCUAUCAAGUGGCGUCAGGACGUGCUUGGUGGUGAAGACGCUGUCCUCAAGUACCUCUGGGACCUAAACAAAAAGGGCACCGAUAUCGUAGCCAAAGCUCUCAACACCCCCGUCAUGGAGAACAGCACAGGAACUCUCCGAAACUGCGGCAUGGGCAACGUCGCCCUACCUCUCUGGGCUGGAGAAGGAGAAGGCACAGUAGUUCCGGCUGACGAGACGCAAAAGGCGUUUCAGUGGAUGCUUACAACGCUCAUCGAUGACUACAAGACUUUCCUGAGCCUGUUUAUUCAUGGUGGACGGUUCUGGGCGAGGAUCAGUGCGCAGGUGUAUCUUGGGAUUGAGGACUAUGAGUGGGCUGGUAAGGUGCUCAAGGAGCUUUGUGAGCGGGUUGCCAAGAAGGAGUAUCUUUAG